UAAGACCACUCUGAUCUGAGAUCCGGCCCCUUAGAGCGUCAGUCUGUCGGUCUUUUGCAACCGUCUCAGAUCUGAGACUUUGAUCUUUAACCUGGAAGUGUCCUGGGAGUGUGUGUGUGUGUGUGUGUGAUGUAUAUGAACCUCAUUAAUAGCAGACAGGUGAGGAUACACAUUAACGAGGGAGUCUAAAUACGCUGAGGAGGUGGAGGUGUGGAGAUGGUCACAGCUCUUCUUCUAUCGUACCUGUCUAAUUCCUGCUGAUCUGUUCAUCUGCUGAUCACUGGGACUCACUCCCAAAGCUUAUUUACUGAGCGUCUCUGUAGGAUUCAUUUAUGCUACGCAGGUGAGGUUUAAACAGGUGAAGUGUGAGCAGGUGAAGUACGAGCAGGUAAGGUAAGGUACGAGUAGGUUAGGUACAGGCAGGUUGAUUGUGAGCAGGUGCGGUACAUGUAAGUGAGGUACAGACAGGUGAGGUUUAACCAGGUGUAACCAGACGGAUGUACAACCUACAGUUUUAUCUUCUAAUUUGCUAAAAAAAAAAAGAUAUUUAAAAUGUAAGUGAACACACCUCUCACCUGUGUUUAAUAGUUCGUAUCUGCUGAGACCUGUUAUCUCUCAUUCUUAAUUUAUUCUGUACUAGUGCACUACCUACGGUGAGGUUUAACCAGGUGAGGUACAGGCAGGUGAGGUUUAACCAGUUGAGGUACAGACUUGAAGUUUAACCAGGUGAGGUACAGACUUGAAGUUUAACCAGGUGAGGUACAGACUUGAAGUUUACAGACAGGUGAGGUUUAACCAGGUGAAACAGGUGAGGUACAGGCAGGUGAGAAGAAGACCUGAAUCCCCGGAGGUUGUGAGGGAACCUCAGCAUGGUUGUGGAGAUGGAGAGCAGGAAGCGGGUGGGGUACCACGUCGAGAGGGACGUUAUGGAUGAAAUAGUUGUGGAUUCGGUGGCGGAAAAACUGGACGUCACAACAUCCGUUAAAGAUAAGCUGAAGGAGUCAAUGAGGUGUUCUGGUCCUCAGGUGAAGAGCUGCUUCCUGUCGUGUAUUCCUCUGCUGGCAUGGCUGCCUCGAUACCCAUUCAAAGAAAAUGCAUUUGGAGACCUGGUCUCGGGAAUCAGCGUGGGCAUCAUGCAUUUACCACAAGGUAUGGCAUAUGCCCUGCUUGCAGCUGUGCCUCCUGUCUUUGGGCUCUACUCAUCUUUCUACCCGAUCCUCAUCUACUUCAUUUUCGGGACGUCUAAGCACAUCUCAGUGGGUACGUACGCAGUGAUGAGCGUGAUGAUCGGCAGUGUGACGGAGCGUCUGGCCCCGGAUUCAGAUUUCACCCUGUGGAAUAAUAUCUCCAACAGCAGUGAAAUAAACUUUGAGGCUCGGGACAUCGAGCGGGUUAAAAUCGCUGCAGCCGUCACCUUCCUCUCUGGCAUCUUCCAGCUGCUUUUAGGUCUGGUCCAGUUCGGCUUCGUGGUGACGUAUCUUUCAGAACCACUGGUUAGAGCCUACACCACAGCAGCAGCCAUCCACGUCAUCGUCUCCCAGCUCAAAUACUCAUUCGGCAUCAGCGCCACACGCUUCAGUGGACCCCUGUCUCUUAUAUAUACAGUACUGGAGGUGUGUUCACUGCUUGGGCAAACGAAUAUCGGUACUCUGGUGGUGAGCAUCGUAACCAUUGUGUGUUUGAUUAUUGCCAAGGAACUGAACUCCUGGCUGGCACGGAAACUUCCUGUUCCUGUACCUGUUGAGCUCAUAGCUAUCAUUAUAGCCACUGUGUUGUCCUGGCAGUUUGACUUCAAGACUGAGUACAAAGUGGAGGUUGUGGGUUCAAUUCCAUCAGGUCUACAGCCUCCGAAGUUGCCGGCGUUCUCUAUGAUGGGGUCUAUGAUUGGAGAUGCGUUUGCUCUCGCUGUUGUGGGAUACGGAAUUGCGAUUUCUCUUGGCAGAAUCUUUGCUCUAAAAUAUGGCUACAAAGUUGACAGCAACCAGGAGCUGGUAGCCCUGGGUCUCAGUAACUCUAUUGGAGGGGUGUUCCAGUGUUUCGCCAUCAGCUGCUCCAUGUCCCGGACGAUGGUGCAGAUCAGCACAGGUGGGAAGACUCAGGUUGCAGGUGCUCUCUCUGCAAUAGUGAUGCUGGUGAUUUUGCUCUGGAUUGGAUCUCUAUUUGAGGAUCUGCCAAAGGCAGUGUUGGCUGCUAUAAUCUAUGUAAACCUGCACGGUAUGAUGAAGCAGUUUGCAGACAUUCCAUCUCUCUGGCGGAGCAACAAAGUGGACAUGCUGGUGUGGCUGGUGACGUUCGUCCUGACCUUGCUGUUAAACCCUGAUCUGGGUCUGGCCGCCUCCAUCGCCUUCUCCAUGCUCACUGUCAUCUUCAGAACUCAGCUGCCUAAGUAUUCUCUCCUGGGUCAGGUUCCGGGGACUGAUAUCUACAGGCCGGUGGAGGACUAUAAUCAGGUUACGCAGAUUCCUGGUAUAGUGAUUUUCCGUUCGUCUGCUACACUAUACUUCGCCAAUGCUGAGAUGUACACAGAUCACCUAUAUGAAAAGAGUGGGGUGGAUGUGACUAAGCUCCUCAAUCACAAGAAGAAACUGGAGGCCAAGCGACUCCGACAGGAGAAGAAAGAAGCAAAGAAAAAAGCAAAAGAGACGGUGGAGGUGUCAGAGCUGACAGGUAACGGGCAGCAGAGCGGUAAGGAUGUGGUGGUCGUGGUGGCCGGACCCCAGCUCGACCCCAGCCUCGACCCCUCCCUCCCCAAGGCCAUCAUACUGGACCUCAGUCCGGUUAACUUCCUGGAUACAGUGGGAGUGAAAACAUUACGCAACAUCAUUAAAGACUACGGGGAUGCAGGAGUUAAAGUGUUCUUAUCCGGCUGUCAGAGUUGUGUUAUUGAGAAUUUGGAGACGGGAGAUUUCUUCAGUGAGAAAAUCACUAAAGCCGUGAUCUUCUCUACCGUCCAUGACGCUGUCCUACACUGCCAGGAAGAGGACACCAAGAAGUUAAAGAAUGGAACGCAUUUCUAAACCCAGAUCCAGACCCACCUCACAUGUGGAACAGCAUGAGAAAACAUCACUUCCUGUCUCAUCAGUGUCAUACAGAAACCUCAUAUCUCCUGAGCAGUGAGCAGUGAUAAAAAAUAACAAUUAACUUAAAUCAACAAGUUACUGUACAUUAAAAAAAAAUCUUAAAAGUAAUUUUAGACUAUUUUGAUUGGGCGUUUAUGAUGAAUCAUGUAUGAAAAUGUAAAGAGCAGCUCCUGAUUUGAAUUGAAAAAAAGGGGUUGUGAGUUUUUCUUAUGAACACCAUGAUUUGUAAAUCUGUCCCAUUAUUAAAUGGCUGUUUGUAAUGAUGCUGAUAUCUAGAACAACCUGUGGUUCCCUACAGUAUGCAAACAUCAGCAUGUCGGAAUCUGCUGCCACCUUAAAUCACCUGUAAGAGGAGGUUCAUCACCUGGUGAGAGAGUUCAACUGGUUUGUGUUGAACUUUAUUUGAAGGGAACCUACAAAAAGGCUUCGAAACACAUAAAAAAAACACUGUUUGAGUAUGUAUAAACAGCUUAUUAUAUUCUAUUCAAUUCUAUUCUAAGUCUCUGUAUGAUAUUGAUAUAACAUGCAUGUUGCAGUGGUGAAUAUUAUAUUUAAAGCUUCACAUAUAUAUAUGCUUUAUUCAAAACUCAUGUUUUUGUAUUUCCACUUGAGUCCCGACACUUCACCCCCGCCCAUUAGAUAAUUUAAAGAAACCAUUUCAGUAUCUAUUGCAACCUCAGAAAAGUAGAAAUUAGCCAGCAGACUGUUUUGCUAUUCAGUACAAACUCCCUUCAGUUCUUGUCUUUUGCCGUUUUCUGGUUCAGAACCUCAGACAGAUUCAACAGGAUUAACCAGCAGACUUUGUUUGAGGGAGAGAUCUAUACCUUCUGUUUGUGGCGAGUCAGCAGAUGAGGGAGAUGUAAGAACAUUCAAAUAAGACUUUUUUGUGCUUCUAUCACAGUUAAGCAUUAAACUAGUUCGUGUUUUGAAUUUUAGCACAAGCUAACGCUAACGUGUGCUAAAUGCUUAGCGUAAACAUAGAGCAAUUUUGGCAACAACUUAUUUGCAUAAAAGUGACAGAGCCCUUAAACGGCUCAUUCUAAAAAGGGACUAACACUCUGCAUUGCCGAGUAGCAUCACAGCGCUAACGCACGGAGGAAAGCGCAGCGACUCGGUUCUGAUACAUCAGCUCACAGACGCAGCCUUGUGCUGAUCCACAUCACCCUAGGAGUGAUGAGGGAAAAAAGAGAGCGCGAUCUACUGUACUGUACCCACCCAGAGAGAGCAAGAACAACUGUGCUCUCUCAGGACUCCUCAGGUCUUAUGAAGCCUCUGUGUAGGAAGCCUUAAAAUAUUGUUUUAUAAUGUUUACGCCCACGCCCACUAUCACAGCCCGGCAUAUAAUCACCAAUAAUCACCCUCACUAACUUAUUACAGUCUGAUUACAGUCAGCGCUUAUAUACUCACACACACACACACCUCUAAUAAUAGGCAUACAGUGUCCCCAGUGCUGUAGCGGUGAUGGAGCACUGGGGACACUGUAUGCCUAUUAUUAGAGGUGUGUGUGUGUGUGUGUGUAUAUAAAAAGCCUGAUUGUUUGUUUGUUUUUCCCAAGAAUGACUUGAUAAGAAUCACUUGUGUAUUGGAACACAUUUCCCCAGAAGUUCAUCUAUAAAGUCAAACUCAUUUCACAAAAAAAAUGAUGACUAAAACUGACUUGAUAAGUUUCGCAACUUUCUGCAUUCGCUUUUUUUAAGUAACUCUAGUUUCAGAUAAAUUUAAGUAACUUCAACUCGGUUUCAAGAUUUAAAUGUUACAUACAUAGAUUAAUACAUGCCAUCCAUGUGUUGAGACAUUGAAUAUGUUUGUUUUAACUAAAAAUAUAAACAUUUCAGGAAUUAUAAUAUAUUAUGUAUCAUAAAUUAUUUGAGUAAUUGUAAUUAGGUAAUAUUGUUCACAGAAAUUAAGUAAAGUUUACUAAAAGAAAGGAUUGAUUCAGUAAUGUCAGCACACCACCAAGAAGGACCGACCACAUCCAACAGGAUUAACUGUGGAUGCUGUGAGAGGAAGCUGUCUGAAAGGGAUGUUCGGGUGCUAACCCGGAUUGUAUCCAAAAAAAAUAAAACCACGGCUGAUCAAAUCACGCAGAACUGUCCGUCACCACAAUAAAUUAUUUUGCUCUAAAACCAGGCGUUUCAGUUAAAUUGUCCAACCCCUGUACAAUGACAUUGUAAUCCCACACUUUCCUCUGGGUGCAUCUAUUGCUGCCGUUUCUUUGCGGAUGACUGUAUAAAUAAUCACUGUACAUGAGUAUGAUGACUUUUUUUAAGGCAGCCAGUUUAAAAAUCUUUAGAACAGUAUUAAAUGGGAUAAAUACAGUAUGUGUAUAAGAUUAUAACAUGUUAGCUAGUGUUUAUUAUAACAUUUCCUGUUUGUAAUGAAUUUUCGCAAAAGAUUAUUAUAACCUGUAUAUUAACUUAUGAACAAUAAAAAUUAAAAACUUU